GUUCGGAGCGCGGCAGAAAGAGGAGCAGCUGACUUCAGGAUCCAGAGAAGGAGCUUCAUCUCGGGGAAAUUACAUUCCUAUCAAAAUGUUGGCAAAACAAAAGCUAUCCUACUGGGUUAGCAUCUUCUUGGUGGUGUUGAGGCUGGCCCACGCCCAGUACGAAUAUCUCGGAUACCCGCCGGGCUACCCAGACCCUGAACAGGAACAGUACACCCCCCCGGUCCUGGCUUCAGAUACCCCCAGGAUUCAGCUCCGACUAGCAGGACAAAAGAGGAAGCAUAAUGAGGGUCGAGUUGAGGUUUACUACAACGGUACAUGGGGCACUGUCUGCGACGAUGACUUCACCAUCCAUGGUGCCCAGGUGGUGUGCAAGGAACUGGGCUACCAGGAAGCAGUCUCAUGGGUCCCAUCUUCCAAAUAUGGGAAAGGAGAAGGACCCAUCUGGUUUGACAAUCUCCAGUGCACUGGAAAAGAGAGGACGCUGGCUCUGUGUCCAUCCAACGGGAUUGGUGUUUCAGACUGCAAACACACCGAAGAUGUAGGCGUCGUGUGCAGCGACCGCAGGAUCCCUGGAUUUAAAUUUGUCAACACAUUGCCCAAUCAUGUGGAGAACCUUGACAUUCAUGUGGAGGAUGUGCGCAUUCGAGCCAUCCUGUCCUCCUACCGUAAGCGGAUCCCUGUGACCGAGGGCUACGUGGAGGUGAAAGAUGGCGGCAAAUGGAAGCAGAUCUGCAACGCAGAGUGGAACGAGUUUAACAGCAGAGUCAUCUGUGGCAUGUUUGGCUUCCCAGGGGAGAGGAGGUUCAAUGCCAGAGUCUACAAGAUGUUUGCUCGCAGAAGGAAGCCAACAUACUGGGACUUCUCUGUCAACUGCACUGGCACCGAGGCCCACCUGUCCAGCUGCAAGCUGGGUCAGAUACUAGCCAGAAAGUCCAAUGACACGUGCGCUGGAGGGAUGCCGGUGGUGGUGAGCUGCGUGCCUGGCAGAGCCUUCGCCCCGGCGCCCAUGACAGGGUAUAGGAAGGCCUUCAGACAAGAGCAGCCGUUGGUUCGCCUCCGCGGUGGCGCCAUCGUAGGGGAGGGCAGGGUGGAGGUCAUGAAGAAUGGAGAGUGGGGCACCAUAUGUGAUGACCACUGGAACCUGCUGUCGGCCACUGUGGUGUGUCGGGAGCUGGGCUUCGGCUCAGCAAAGGAAGCGCUGUCUGGAGGGCAACUUGGACAAGGGAUGGGGCCGGUGCACAUGAAUGAAGUGAAGUGCUCCGGAUUUGAGAAGUCCGUAACCGAGUGUCCCUUCAACAAGGAGGCCCUGGGCUGCAGCCAUGAAGAAGAUGCAGGCGUCCGAUGUAACGUCCCAGCUAUGGGCUUCGAGCAGAGGCUGCGUCUGAGAGGAGGCCGUAAUCCCUUCGAAGGCCGUGUGGAGGUGUUGGUGGAGAAGAACGGCUCUUUGGUGUGGGGCACAGUGUGCAGUGAGGGCUGGGGAACCAUGGAGGCCAUGGUGGUGUGCAGACAGCUGGGCCUGGGCUUCGCCAGCAGUGCCUUCCAGGAGACGUGGUAUUGGCCGGGUGAGGUCAGUGCUGACGGUGUGGCAAUGAGCGGCGUUCGCUGCUCCGGAACUGAGAUGUCUCUGUCCCACUGUCUGCACCACGGACCCCACCUCAGCUGCCCCAGAGGAGGGGGACGCAACUCCGCCGGAGUCUCCUGCUCUGAAACGGCUCCCGACCUGGUGCUGAACCCUCAGGUGGUGGAGCAGACCACCUACAUGGAGGACCGGCCCAUGUUCAUGCUGCAGUGUGCGUACGAGGAGAACUGCCUGGCCUCCAACUCUGACCAGACGCCGGCCAACGCGUACCGCCGCCUGCUGCGCUUCUCCUCUCAGAUCCACAACAACGGCCAGUCCGACUUCAAGCCCAAAGCUGCCAAGCACCUGUGGGUGUGGCAUGAAUGUCACAGGCAUUAUCACAGCAUGGAGGUGUUCACCACAUAUGACCUGUUCAGCCUAAAUGGAACCAAAGUGGCAGAGGGACACAAAGCAAGUUUCUGCCUGGAGGACUCAGAAUGUGAUGAAGGUAUCGAAAAGAAGUAUGAAUGUGCUAACUUUGGAGAGCAGGGCAUCACUGUAGGCUGCUGGGAUACCUACAGGCAUGACAUUGACUGCCAGUGGGUCGACAUCACCGAUGUCAAACCUGGGGAUUACAUUUUUCAGAUUGUAAUUAACCCUAAUUACGAAGUGCCAGAAUCAGACUACACCAAUAACAUCACCAAAUGCAGAUGCCGAUACGACGGCCAUCGUGUGUGGAUGUACAGCUGCCAUAAUGAUGGCUCAUUGAGCUCUGAGACAGAGAUGAUGUUCCCAGGCCUUCUAAACAACCAGGUGACCCACAGGUAAAACCGACAGAGUAGAGUCGAGAGGCGGUCACCUCCGAUGGGAAGAGUCCCUCCAACCACUACCCAUUCCAUCUAUGCUGGAUUCUACUUCCUGUCCCUGAAUGAAUCAUCUCCUCCUCACCUUUCUUCCUCUACCAUCCUCUCACCUCCCAGCACAUAUUAUGUGUUGAUCUCUUCUGUCCAGGACUCUCUGUGAUGAUCACAGGACUUGGUGAAGCUUUGCUUGGGUCUGUGACAGAGAGACUAUUUCACUUACUGUGAUCAAAUAAGAACUUCAUUUAAACAUUUCUCCAUGAAAGUGCAGCACUUUAAGAAGCACUCAGCUGCAGAACCUGGUGGGUUUAGUUUGUGUAGUUUUGUCCCCACAGACCUGGAAGAUUAUCUUCAAUGGAGAACUACUUUUUGUUUUCUUCCAACUUGAUCAACUUUUUAAUGUUUGACAUCCAGUGUUUAGAAAACAAGAAGUCUAUUCAUCACUACUCCUAAGUGAUGCUUGAACUGCCACAUUCUAACAGGACAUAAGGACCAGUUCUGAAAUAUUGGCAGUAUUUGCUUUAUUUUCUCCUUGGCAGACUUAGUAAAUUACCCUAUACCCAUUUUUUGAAGAGUUGCUGAAUAAUCCAUUGGGGAUGAGGGGUGGGGGAUGAGUUUGUUAGAAAAGUGUGUUAGAAGUAUUGUAAUUUUUUUAAAAGAGUGAAUCAUCAUUUCAUUGUAUAAUUCAGCUGUAAUGUGAGUGGUUGUUGACGCCGAACUUGCAUAUAAGCUAGUGUGUCAUUCAUACACUGCCACCUCCUGGCUAACCCGUGUAAGCACUUCAGUUAAGAACUAAAGACUGAUAUACAUGUAUUGUUGCAUUGGAAGACCUUGCUUUUCCAUUGGUAUAAAAGUGCAAGAGGUGUAAGAACUGAGGUCCCUGUUUCCCUUCCAUCAAUGUUUUAUCAAAAAAACUCUUGUUUUUUGUGCUUCUCUUAAACAUUUAUGUUCAAUGAUCCUGAAUGGGCAAGUACCUCAAAGACAAAAUGAUGCAUCAUAAGUUCAUCAUUUGUUAUAAAUUCUCUUCUAAGCAGAUUGUGACCGAAUGUAAGACGAGCAUGAUUUCAGUCACAGAUCAUUCUUUAAAAACUUUGAUAGAAGGUUCAGAAAAAGGCCUGACCAUGGAGCAUUAGAGCUCAGGGAUGACAGCUAGCUUCAGUGACCUGACCGAAGCUAAACUUAGUGGAAACAAGUUAAAGGUGUCAUUUGUUUUACCUUUGCAGACCAAGAAACGACGUUCUCCAUGUUUCCGAGUUAGAUUUUCCUCACAAGUCAGAGUACCAAGUCAGAAACCAUUUGGAUUUGCCAGUAGUUAUGAAUCAAAGCAAUGCAAGCUCGUAACAAUGUAGUUCUUUUCUACGUUCCCCUUGUUUUUACUGCAGCAAACAAACCUGAAUGAUUUCAAAUGAGCUUUUUGGGUGCCUUCACACCAGCCUUGUUUGGUCCACUUUAAUCGAACUGGUGAGAACCAAACCUACCUC